GCCAAGAGCACGUUGCUGUAUUAUGAGAGGUAGUUGUAUUCACGAGCUGCUCGCAUCGGCGGCACGACUCGACCAUCCCGCACGUCUUGGACGUGGAUCCGGUGACGUUCGGCCACGUCAUGCGUUUCCUUCGGUUGGGAACGAUUGAAAGCGCACGCCACUCGACUUGUUUCUGGACUUGCUCAAGCAAUCCAUCCCCAAUCCCGUCACGAUUGCGAUGGAUUUGUGGGAGUGGAGCAGUGCGACGCGGCUGUCUGCCGUCGAGACAUCGGCCAACAAAUGUGGGUUGCGAACGGCAACGCAGGGCGAUCGAUGUCGGCGUUGGGGAUCGCCUCCGCCUGGUCGCUUGGAUCCGAUGGCUUGUCCGAUCCAUUGUACGUACAUGGGCUUUGCCUCGCCUGGCAAGCCCAAAGGCCGCCCAGGUCGUCCCCGUUUCUCUGAAUGGAGAUCUUGCCGUCGCGGUUCCUAGGCGCCGCGACGACGCACGUUUUAACAGGACAUUGGUACGGUGUGAGGUGCAUUGGGGACACCUGGCACGAACGUGGCGGUGGAAGUCAACGCGUUGGCAUCCAACGGCCUUGCCGCAUCCUCGGCGGUCGACCCCUCGUCCGCACUUGCCCUGCAGAUCACUCGGCGGCUCGCGCUCGGUCACUAUGCAGCACACGCGUUGUCUCACUCGAGUUGGGAUGCCGCUGCAUGCCAGCCAAGAGCAUCUGGUGGAAGUGGGAUAUGGCUGGUGUCGACCGCAGGGUGCACCUGCCGUGGCAUCCAUCGUCGGGCAACCGGGCUUUGAGCGCGCCGCCCCUCGCCAUGAGGACAAUUGGAGCCACUUCGCUUGGAAUUCUCGAUUGUAGACCGUUCCGACGCCGUCGAACGAGUCCAACCGGCCCUCCGUUCGACGCAAAAUGUGCAGCUCACAUGACAGUAGGCAGGAGGACGACCGGGCAUGCCGGCAAUUCCAAGUGCAGGGCUGGGUCGUAGCAGCGGAGAAGAGCGGUCCGUGCACCCGACCGACUGACCGAGGCAAUUGCGGGACUCGGUGGACUGGUGCCGCCGGUUGGGUGCCAUGCUACACUGGUCCCGUUGUCGACGAGGAUUGUCUUGGCACGCAGUCGAGCCUUGGCCGUCGAGGCGGAUGUCGGCUCGGCAGUGCGGACGCCAUGACGCUUGUUUACGUUCGCGGCACAGUUGCUCCACCUCGACCGACGUUGAACCUGCGCUGCGGCAGACGAGACGUCGACGUUGCCGGGUUGCGACGUCCCAGCAUGUGAGCAUCUCGAGCCAAGUGCCAUGACUUUGUGCGUUCUGUCAGUCGUGUUCGAAUAUUUCGAGGACUGCGCUGCCUGCCGGGAUGUCGAUCAAAUUGGCGUCGCUUCGUCGUCAUGGCCUUGCAAAUGCGCGAGAAGUUGAAGAUGCCGGACGUACGCGACCUCGACACUUGGGAACGAGUCAUGGAGGUGGCCGAGGACGAGCGUCGGCGACGUGUUUAUCAUACCAAGAACCUUUUGCAAGAGCCGUUGACCGCGACCGUUCAAGUCGCCAGGACCCACGUGGCCUGCAAAGCCUUCGUGGAGGAGGCCUUGGACAGCGCCGGCAAACUCGUCGCGCACGGACUGGCGCAUCAGUACGACUUGCCACAUCUCUCUCGAGAGAUAUUUCGAGCCGUCGGUUGGUCGGACUGCCGCUGGCCGUCUCAAGCUCGCCCACUUUGGCGGGCGAGGAGCGGGUGCAGGCGGCGUGACUCUGUUGGUUUUGGUCAUGGCAAGGCGUGCGGCAUGGAGCGCCGUAAAAUUCUCGCCAGCGCGAUGAAGGGCCAGACUCGUUUCUUCGAGCGCUGUACUGACAAAGUACUGGUCGUGCCAGUUCGACCAUGCUGCUUGGAACAAGGUCGAAGAGGACUCUGGCAUGGAGUCGGACGGAUUCAGAGCGGCAUCUUGGAUGUGCCUGGCCUACCACCACGUGCUCACGUGAGGGCCAAGGAAGUGACGUCGUU